UUUGCUGCAAACUCUGACAUAAGAUGGCUGCAAACAAGCCCAAGGGUCAGAAUUCUUUGGCCCUACACAAAGUCAUCAUGGUGGGCAGUGGUGGUGUGGGCAAGUCCGCUUUGACCCUACAGUUCAUGUAUGAUGAGUUUGUGGAGGACUAUGAGCCCACCAAAGCAGACAGCUACCGGAAGAAGGUAGUGCUGGAUGGGGAGGAAGUGCAGAUCGAUAUCUUGGAUACAGCUGGCCAGGAGGACUAUGCCGCAAUUAGAGACAACUACUUCCGGAGCAGAGAGGGUUUCCUCUGUGUCUUCUCUAUCACAGAAAUGGAAUCCUUUGCAGCCACGGCCAACUUCAGGGAGCAGAUUUUAAGAGUAAAAGAUGAGAACGUUCCAUUUCUGCUGGUUGGUAACAAAUCAGAUUUAGAAGAUAAAAGGCAGGUUUCUGUAGAAGAGGCAAAAACCAGAGCCGACCAGUGGAACGUUAACUAUGUGGAAACAUCUGCUAAAACUCGAGCUAAUGUUGACAAGGUAUUUUUUGAUCUGAUGAGGGAAAUUCGAGCCAGAAAGAUGGAAGACAGCAAAGAAAAGAAUGGAAAAAAGAAGAGGAAAAGUUUAGCCAAGAGAAUCAGAGAAAGAUGCUGCAUUUUAUAAUCAAAGCCCAAACUCCUUUCUUAUCUUGACCAUACUAAUAAAUAUAAUUUAUAAGCAUUGCCA